UUUCUAAAUAACAUGAAUAAAGAAAUUCAUGAAGAUAAACAAAUCUAAAAAGAUCCAGAAUGUCCCAUUAAAACUCUAUUAAGAACGAAAAUUCAAUAGAAUAUUAUUUAUAAAGAACCUGAUUAAUAUAAGUUAAUGAGUGAUUUUAAUUAAAGAAAUAUUACUUAUGGAGUGACAGUAGAAUAUAAAUUUUUGAGAAUAAUAUAAGAGAAUGAUUUUUUGGAAAGCUCCCAAUUAUAAUUCUACAUGAAUUUAUUCAAAAAAGCUUAUCCAAAAAUCAAAGUAAUAAAUUAUAAUAAAUAUAGUUAGCUGCAGCUACUUGUCACUUUUUUGCUGACUUUGUAGUAUCAUCACAACAGUCUUUAGCGCCUUAAUCAGAACCUCAAAUUAUACAUAUAGAUUAUAAAACACCAAAUCUAACUAAUACUAAAACUGAAAAUGAAUAGAUAAAUUAAAAAAAAAUAAAUGAGAACCUUAAUCUUUUGGAAUCCAGACUAAAUUUUACGAAUUAAAAUAAAUAAGACGAUUAGAAAUCAUAAAAUGAUUCUUAAGAGGAAUCUUAAAAUAAUUAAUAACAAAAUAAAUCUGAUCUAUCCAAAAAAAAUGAAAACAAAGAUUCCUAACAAUAAGUGUCAGUGAUAAAAGAAGAUUAAUCAUUUAAUCAAAAAUAAUAAUCUAGUGAGAAGUAAAUUUAAAAAGAUAAAGAACAAUAGUAAUAAGAUGAAUAAAAAUAAAAACCAUAGUAACAAUAAUAAUCAUAACUUUAAUUAUAAUAGUAAUAAUAAGAACAAUUAUAAUAACAAUAAAAAUAAUAACAACAAUAAUAAUAACAACAAUAAUAAUAACAAUAAUAAUAAUAACAAUAAUAAUAAUAACAAUAAUAAUAAUAACAAUAAUAAUAAUAACAAUAAUAAUAAUCAAAAUAACAGUAAUAAUAAGAAAAAUAACAAUAAAAAUAAAAUUCUUCAGAAAAAUAGAAAUUUUAAGAAAAAUAGUAAUAGUAAGGACCUUCAAGUCAAUCUCAAUAAAUGGCUGAUGGGAAUUAAAAAAAAAAAUCUACCUCAAGUCAAUCAGAAAUUAUAAAUCCAUAAUCACAAAAUAAAUAAAGUUCAAUAAAUACAGCAUCAACUAUUCACCAUGAAAAAAGUCAAGGUAAGGAUAAUUUGAAAAAUAAUUCAAAUACAAAAGACGUAAAAAAUUCAGAAACGAAAAAAUAAACUAAUAAUACUUAAAUCUAAUCAUAAGUUGGUAUUAAUAAUUUGCAAGAUAAAUCAAAUAAGGCUGAUGUAGCAGAAAUUUCCGAAUAAUAUCUUUAAUCUAAUUCAAAACUAAAAGAUUUUUAAGAAACUUAGAACGAUUAAACUACAGAUCAAUUGGAUUCGAAGAAAUAAGUAUAGAAUGAAAAAAAUCAAAUUCAAAACGUAUAAAACUAAUCCUCCUAGGUUUAAUAAACUCAAUAAGUUUCUUCUGUUGCUUAGGCUCCAGUUGGGGAAUAGAAACAGGUAUAACCUGAAAAAAAAUUUUUUUUUUAAAUUAACACAAUUGUUGUAGAAAAGGCAGUUCCAUAAGAAAAAAUAUAGAAAUCCUAGCUACCUUUAUUAAUAAAAUAAUUUGCGGAAAUGAAUAAUAUCACAGAGGAAUAAUUAAAAGAUUAAGAUUUUUGGUACUUUCCAAUAAAUCAACUCUAAGCUCAUUGGAUUAGCGUGGUGAUAUUUUUGAAAACAAAGCAGAUAUAUUACUUUGAUUCAUAUUAUAAAAAAGUGGAUCCUAUCAUCAUUUAAGCUAUUUAUUCUAUUUUAGAAUACUUAAAUUUUAAACCGAAAGAAUUUUAAAAGAGGGAAAUAUAUAAUUAAUAAGUUAAUGGGUAUUAUUUAAGUUUAUUUUAGUUAUGAUUGUGGAGUUUUCAUAUUGCUUUCGCUUCUAUAUACCUUAUAAAAUAAGAAUUAUGAUUAUGAUUAAAAAAUUGUAACUACUUUUAGAUAAAAGAUUCUGUAUAAUCUUGCUGUUGUAGGUUCAUAAAUAAAUAUUGAUUAGUAAUUAUUUGAAGAUAUAAUUUAAAAAAGUUGA